AUCAGACUAACACUUUCAAAGCACCACUCCGCGGAAAGAGCCUUUGUGAAUGAGGCAGGUGCGGGAAGGAGGUUCACAGGUGAUCUUAGGGGGGGGAUGAAAAUUCCCUAAGAGGGGCCACCAGGCCAGGAGAAAACAACUGGAGACCAAAGGGGUGCGGAGAAAAAAGGUGAAAAUGAGAAAGACAAGCAAAAAGAAACAAAGCCAGCGACCGAACGAACUAAACAAAAACCAAAGAAAAAGUCAAGCUCCAGGGACGGCGCAGACCUUAAGCGAGGACGCGCGGAGGAGCGGAGAUUACAGCCCAGAAUCCCUUGCGGCUCCUCCUCCCCAGGCGGCAAUCUCCUAGGCAACCCGGUAAACAAGAUGGCGACCGCCGGGAGCGAUCCCCAGAGGCCGAUGCCUUCCUCUCUCCAGGGUAGUUCACGACGUGGAGCCCAGUCGAUACUGUCGCGCUCAGAAAAAGAGCGUCAGUCUUGCUGGUCUUCUUCCCCCAUGGGGCAGAGACGGAAAGGUACUUUCCACAGAGCCUCCUCCUACCUGCUCCCGCAGCUCGUUCACCGCUCUGUGGAGUCGGACGCGGACGGACAGGACUGCGGGGACGAGGGCGAGGGCGAAGUGGAAUCCGAGGAGUCCUCAGAGUCCGAGAUGCUGAAUUUGGAGGAGGAAUUUGAUGGGGUCCUGAGAGAGGAGGUCGUGGCCAACGCCCUUCACCAGUUGGGACGCUCAGGUUCUGGCACUGAGCAGGUCUACCUCAAUCUAACUUUAUCAGGUUGUGGUUUAAUUGACAUUAGCAUUCUCUGUGAAUAUGUUCACCUACAAAAGUUGGAUCUUUCGCUAAAUAAAAUUGAAGAUUUGUCCUGUGUGAGUUGUAUGCCUUACCUUCUAGAACUUAAUGCUUCUCACAACAAACUGACUACGUUCUUCAAUUUCAAACCACCCAAAAAUCUCAAGAAGGUGGAUUUUUCCUGCAACCAAAUUUCUGAAAUGCGUGAUUUGUCGGCUUACCAGGCUCUCACUAAACUCAUUUUGGACAGCAACGAGAUAGAGGAAAUCAGCGGGCUGGAGAUGUGCAGUGGCCUGAUGCACCUGAGUCUGGCUAAGAACAAGAUCACGUCAAUUAAUGGCUUAGGCAUGUUGCCCAUCAAAAUUCUUUGUCUGAGCAAUAACCAGAUUGAGAAGAUGACCGGUUUGGAGGAACUAAAAGCCUUGCAGGUCGUGGAUCUGUCCCACAAUCAGAUCAGUAGCCUCCAGGGCUUAGAAAACCAUGACUUCCUGGAAGUGAUCAACCUCGAGGAUAAUAAGAUUGCUGAGCUGGGUGAGAUAGAUUACAUUGAAAAUCUACCUCUCCUUCGAGUUGUCAACUUUCUAAGAAAUCCAGUUCAGGAAAAGUCUGAAUAUUGGUUGUUCGUGAUUUUUAUGGUCCUACAAUUAACAGAAUUAGAUCAGAAGAAAAUUAAAGUGGAAGAAAAGGUUGCGGCAGUGAAUAGGUACAACCCUCCCCCAGAAGUGGUCGCAGCCCAGGAUCACCUGACCCAUGUCCUCAACAGCGUGAUGCAGCCACAGAGGAUCUUUGACAGCACUCUUCCUCGCCUGGACGCCCCUUAUCCCAUGCUGGUGCUGGCCGGUCCUGAAGCCUGUGGCAAACGAGAGCUCGCUCACCGCCUCUGCAGACAGCUCAGCGCUUACUUCAGAUACGGGGCCUGUCACACCACAAGACCACCUUACUUUGGAGAGGGGGAUCGAGUCGAUUAUCAUUUUAUCUCUCAAGAAGUUUUUGAUGAAAUGGUAAACAUGGGGAAGUUCAUUCUAACAUUUAAUUAUGGGAAUCACAACUAUGGAUUAAGUAGGGACACCAUAGAAGCCAUUGCAAGAGACGGUUUAGCAAGCUGUGUUCACAUGGAAAUAGAAGGUGUCAGGAGUUUGAAAUAUUCCUAUUUUGAGCCUCGAUAUAUCCUGGUGGUGCCCAUGAACAAGGAAAAAUACGAAGGAUACUUGCGGAGAAAAGGAUUAUUCAGUCGUUUAGAGAUUGAAUUUGCUGUCUCCAGAGUGGACCUUUAUGUUAAAAUCAAUCAGCAGUUUCCAGGAUAUUUCGACGCAGUGAUCAAUGCAGAUGAUCUGGAUGCUGCCUACCAAAAGCUGAGUCGUCUCAUCAGAGAGUACCUUGGGUUGUCCGAGGAAACGUCCAAGGAUUUGGCUCCAACCGCAGCAGGAGCUCCCUCUAGCAAGAAGACCCCCUCUGGGGUGCCCGCCCACCUGGUCCCAUCCCCAAGGCGCUUGGCAAAGCUGCAGGCGGAUGGCCAGUUAACCGAGCAUCACCCUGGAAUGCAGAUUCGUGCACAGGCCCCCGAAAAUCAGAGCGCAGCUCCCUCCCAGGACCAAGCGCCGACUCAGGAGGGAGUCGCCCACCAAGCGCUCUCUCCCAGCAGCCGUGUCAGUGCCGAGCUUCCCCCGCAGGCCCGAGACUUAUCCCCAGACCAGAGGGGAGGGGGUGUUCAACAAUCGGAUCCUUCUUCACAAAUCGUAACUACAAAUCUCCCUGAAAACGAGUCUCGGACAUCUGAGGUGAAAGCAGGUAACAUAGGGCAGGCUUCCAUCACUCCUUCCCAAGGGCGCCCUGACCAGGGUCGGCACCCUGAGCUGCCUGCAGCGCACAGAGCUCCGCCAGACCAGGAUGAGGAGUCAGGGGAGGCCGAGGGCACCCUUGCUCUCCCUCCGCCAUCUGAGGCUCUACAGGAGUCUGACCCAACAUCCCUCAGCCCCCAGAGAACCCAGGGUGAGGAAACUGAGUCAGCCAAUGUGCCACCCGACGGUGCCCAUCAUGAGCCUCCGAGAGACCCUUCCCACCCUAACGGGGCCAAAAUACCGGGACCACCUCUGGAAGAUUCUCGGCAACCUCCAGUGGAGGGAUCCCCAAAGGCAGAGUUUGUUCGGGUCAGCACUCCUUACCCAGAAGUGCCACAUCCUCAGGACUCGACAGACAUCGAACAGACCCAGGGCAGGGACAACCCAAUGACUUUGCUCCCCAGAAGCCGGCUGGCCCCCACCAGGCUGCCCCAGCCUCGGGUCCUCGCCCCGCUCCAGAGUCGGAGGCCCACACCCAGACUGCUCUCACCCAGCAGGGAGGAAGCUUUCGGAGCAGCCUCAGACCAAACCGUGACUCCCUCGUCAAGGCCUCCACUAGCUCAGGAAGGAGACCCCAGUAAACUUCCUCCCAUCAGCCCUCCUCAUUCCAAACCACCACAAAGUCUGAGUCCCCAUCAGGACCACAGCCCUCAGCAAGUCCAGGAAGAAAAGGUCAGGGAGGUGAAACUCCCUCUUAUCAGUCCCCCUGUCCAGGAGCAUGCACCGCAGCCCGCCCCCGAUCCCCCCGAGGAAGAGGGGACUCGGGCGGUUAGGCUCCCGCACAUUCCCACCCCCUUCUCCGAACAGCAGCUGCCGCACAACACGGGGGCUCACCGUGAUUUGAGGCCUGCAAAGGAAAGGCAGGCCCCCAAAGCAGGCCGCUCCUCCAGCAAGAAGAUUUCAGAUGUGCAGGCCUUACCCCCAAACCAAGAGCCGGUGCAGCGGACAGGAGCCAGGGAAAAAAAACUCCCUAUCCAAAGAGAGACAAUUAAAGAACCAGGGCAUCCGAAAAAGGUACCUCCUAGAAGCCAUCAGACAGCCUUGCAGCCAGAAUCCCAGAGUAAGCCGACUCCCCCAAAGGUACCCCAUCACCCGAACCCUAGCCCUCCUCAGAGUCCUCAGGGGACCCAGAGAAGAAAAGUCAACGCGCCAGAAAUUCCUGAGCCACCCCACGCUGAACCAUUGCCUACGGAUCCCCAGUUCCAAGAAGAGAAACAGGGAAAGGUGCAUCAUUCCAGGGAAAAGGCCCGUGCCAGCCUCCCCCCAGAUGACCCGGUUCAGAAGGUAGCUGGGUCCAAAAAAGGGCCAUUGUUGAAAAAGAAUUCUGAAGGAUCAUCUCAAGGAAAUAAAGCCACCCUCAGUGGCAGGCAACUGCACAGGGGUCCUCUCCGGAGUGCAAUGUCCUCUGUAGAGUCAAGACCAGAUGAUUCUGCUCCCAGGGAGCAUCCAGGGAGAAGAGAAGAGGUUCAUACGAGGGGAAGAUUUCAGAAGAGAGAAUCGCCUUUGGACUCCCCAGAGCAGGCCCCCACCCAGCAGCCUGUCAGAGAGACCCAAGCCCAUCGAAGGCCCAGUCAGACCAGAGAGAGUUCUGUCCAAAGGGAUGGUGCCUCCAGGCGGCAAGCCAAGGAGAAACACACUGAGAAACACGGGGGAGCACCCAAGGACAGAAGCUCUGCCGCAGCCCAGAAUCAGGUGUCUGCCGAGGAGCCGGGCAGCCGGAAGGGGAGGCUGCGAGCUCGGGGCAGUCAGAGCAGCAAGGUUUAAGCCAUCCCCGGAGCCACUCAGUAAGCGUGGGGGUGGGCUCCAGCACCGUCCCAGCCACUGGGUUCUUAGUCUGUGCGUUUCUGUGCCUUUCCUGUGGUUUGCCGUUGUAGUCCGGAAGGGCAGCCCCUAGAGUGGGAUCCACCAGCCAGUCCUGUCCCUGUGCCAGCUGGAGAGCUGGUCCUGAAGGUUAGGGUCAGCGGGGAGCCCUUGUGUCUACACUCCUAUGAACUCCAAUAUGCGUGCCGACUCUGGCUGAAGCAAUGUCGUGUGGCCAUUACGUUUUGUGUUACUCAUUAGGAAACUUCACUUCUAGAGGAGAACAUUCUUGCAUGCCGCUUGCAUAUUCGAGGGGUCCGGGAGGAGAGCUCCGAGAAAGGGAGCCUUCGCAGUUUCUGGGUCUUUGUCACUUCCGCAAAGAUUCCAAACCCACAGUUAAUUUGUGAGCGUCUUCGAAAGGGCAGAGGGGCAAGUUCUUUACGCGUAUGACACCGUGAUAGAUGAGAGCUUCAGAUUUGCGUUGGCUUGUGUUACCUGAAACUUACUUUUGCUUGAAAUGUAUUUCAAAAUGAAUACCUUCCUUCUCUCCCUGAACAGGAACCUCAUGUAAAUUAGCCCCUGCCUUCAUUAUGCCAAACCACCCGGUUGAAUCAGUUUAAAGGGUUCCUGGGGAGAAGAUUCAGGGGAAUCACUUUUUCUUUAGCGACUCAUACCAUCAGCAAGGGACAGGAAUCCAGCCUGAGCCAGCUUAUGGGAAUCUACUGGAAGGGAGUGGAAUAUCUCCUACCAGCAGACCGUGGGGAGAACGGAGGUGCACCAGAGCCUUCGAGUGGGGACAAGUUAUCGAAAAACCCGGACUCCUGUCAUCUCCGGUAUUUUCUGUCACCGACUGGACUCUCGUCAUUUCUCAUUUCUGUUUCAUGGCUGGGAACAUAGCUGCCAAUACCUCUCA